AUGAGCCACGACGAGUCCCGGCACCGGCACCGUGAGCGUGAGCGUGGACGCACCGGCCCCCCUGUGCCCCCGCGCUCGAGGAGUGCGAGCUAUUACACAUCAUACGAGGUCCGUCCCCGAAGGCGUAGCACUACCAUGGACUACGAUGACCCCAUGGUGGACAUGGCGCCUCAACAUGAGGUUGGCGGAGCCGAUGUUAGCGGCGAUGCACGGCGUCAGGAGGCCAUCCUACUCGAGUUCCAAGCCAAGAUGAACCAAGAUAUGGCCGGUAUUCAAACCGGGCUCAACUGUCUGAUGCAGCAAGUGGAAGCUAUUCCCGCCCAAGUCGCCGCGGGAAUGUCCAAACCUGGUGGCUCAGGAGAGCAUGGUUGGCGUGCCUGGCUACCGGGUUCUACUGGGUAUCCGGACCAAAGGCACGAGCAACCACCUGCACCGCCACCCCACGUUAAUGCCACCCGCCUCGCGGAGCUUCAAGGGGAAAACAAGGUCCUAGGCAACCGGAACAGUGGCCUCCAACGCGAGCUAGAAGCCGCCAAGCGGGAGCUAGGUAUUGCGCAGAGAAAGGCCGCGAGUGUGGAGGCACAACUGCGCGAGCACCAGGAGGAAGUCAACAAGCUGCGCGGCAAAGAAGCCAUGUUCCGAACCAUCAUCCUCGAUCAGGCCGGCGUCCAGAAAAUAAGCGACGAUGAGAUCCUUCAGGGGUUCCUCAAGUUACGCCAGGAUGUCCAAAAGCUCUCUCGCAGUGCCUCUUACUUGGUCGACACCAAUCCCACUAUUUCAACUGCCCAAGAAGAGGCCACGCCGUCCAUUUCAUCGUUCUACCGGGCAGCUACCUGGGGGCAACUCGGCCUCGUAGACCGGCGGCUUCGCGUGCGUGCGAAGAUAUUUGAUGAGUUGCACUUUCACAUCCUCGGUUACAACUGCUUCGGUCUCCAAGGAUUUCAGGCGGAGGUAGGGGCACUGACGGGGCCCGUCGAGCCCGGGCUACGCCGCUUCGAAACCAUACUCCAGGAUCGAGGUGUCAGCGAAAAUGUCAUUACCGAUUGGAGGAUUGCAACCAUCAACUGCGUCGAGCUGACUGGAAUCGAAGAGAUGACGAGCAAGUUCGCCGCGACUGACAUAUUUGCCAUUCUCGCCCCACUCCUUUCCAAGCACGUUCGGCCGUCGGAGGAGGAUGUGCUCCGCGCCACCAUCUUGGACCUAUGUAAGGAUGCGUAUAAGCUGCGGAUGAUGAUGCGCAAGUCUAAGGAUAACCUGAAGGAGAGGGCAAGUCUGUGA